GAGAGAGAGAGAGAGAGAGAGAGAGAGAGAGAGAGAGAGACGCACACAGCCACGUAAACGUAGUUGUAAAACGAGCGGGGGAGCGAUCUGGUGGGGUAUAACCGGAAACCAACGGCAGUCUCCGCGGAAAAGAAGCGAGAGCGGGUUCGAGGGAAAUUAGUGUCAGGCCGGUUGUUGUCGCGAGAAGUAGAGAAACCGCCCCGAUUGUAAUUCUCGGUGGUGUGGAACCCUAGAGGUGUGCACAUGGUCGAGGUGCAACAGUUGCGCGACCCCUUGGAGGGGGAAACGGACUGCAACCCUUACCCAACGACCACCUCACCCCUGCUCGCUGGCUUCGACGGCUUUAGGAUUUCGACGGAGAGAUGCAGGAACAGAUCCAAUCGGAAACUGAAGGGCGACGGUACGACAGUGGUGCUCGAGAAAGUGAGCAAAGACAAAGUUGCGAAGAAAACGAAACUGAAAACGGUGAAGCCGAGGACCGCGGUGCCCUACAUGGGCAAAGGCUCGAUAGCUGCAAAAGUAUGGGAAACUUUUGCCGCCGUGAGGAAAACCCGGGUACCACGCGACAUCAUAGAGACGGCCUCGAUCGUUGCUCUGGAUCAUGUGAAGGUGUCACCGUGUUGCGAGAAUUUAAACGACAGUGCGCUCUACGAUGAGUCGAAUUCUUUGAGCGAGGUUUACGACCUCGUGAAGAACAUCAUUGCCCUAGACAAAGAGUCAGGUUUGUUUCAAAUUCACCUCUAUUCACGUUUUUUUAUUCGCGAUGUAAACUCUGGAAUUCUUAGGUAUAGGUAUUAACCCUUUGCACUCGAGAGAUGACUCUCAGUCACCAUUAGGUUUCGCGCAGCAAAUCUACAAUACCUAAUGUUUCUUUAGGUUUCAUUUCUUUGGAGCUCGAAGUGUCGAUAUAUAUAUAUAUUACAAAAAACUUCGUCCUCGAUUUGUCUAAUUGAGACACGAUGAGUCAUGAAACUCAAAUCAUAUUAUCAUGCAUAGUUUACAAAAGUAGUGCGGUUAGGAAAGUGUUAAAAGUAAGACGAUUCUUUGUCGUCAUAACCACCACUUACUAUCGUCACUGCUCAGUAUAUCAGCGAUGAGUUAAACAUACCUCCCGUUUUUCUUCAUUCUCCGUACUUAAUGAAACAUCCAUUCUAGGAACAAAAAUUAGGAAACAGUAACUUUGCUACAUAGCUAAAUAUUAUUUGUAUGAAUUUACUUGCAUGAAUUACAAUACACUCGGUAUCAGGUCAUUGUAAAAUCGAAAGUAAAGUUCGUGUUAUAAUUUUUGUAGAAUAAAGUAAAUUCCUAUCUAGGUUAAAUUUUUGUGGUCACGUUCGAGAAGAUUUUAUUUUCCAUAAAGAUCCUUAAUGUAGCGAUAAUAAUAGACUCCAUCUCAAUUACAGUUUUUCUAUUCGAUACAAAAAUUGAUUUCCGUUGUAAAUUGUACGGGAAUAUAUGUAAAUUAAAGUGAUUGCAGCUGUUUGUUCAUCGCUGACAUUACAUCGCUACAUAGCUGUUCAUUAUAACAAUGUCUGGCUAUAAUUUUAUUUCUUUUUUACUCUUGCAUCCUUA